AUGAUGGCAUUUCAUCCCAAGUCAAAAGCAGCCAUGGGACUACCCACACGCAGAAAUCAAGCUCUUUCUGACCAUCUUGACAUGGGCAUGAAAUGUUUUCUACGUCAAACACCAUUCAACAAUGCCACGAUGGUCCUGAGACAAUCUGUGAGCAAAUAUAACCAACAACCUGAAAAGCUCAACAAUAACAAAGUACAUAUGAAAACAGAUAUCAAGAAGAACAAUGGUCUUAAUAAUGUCCACAGUGAGAGGAGAGUUUCUUCAGAACAUUAUACCGUGUGUCAGACAGCUGCAGAUGCCUUUCCCAUUCUAGUUCCCAAAUCAUCCCAAAUUGGAAGGAACACAUAUCAAGAUUUUGUCCAAGGAUUAAGCUGUGAUGUCAGAAAACGGGAGGUAUAUUUUAAAUCCGUGAUUCGAGAGGAAGAGAAAAGGCGUUUAAAGAUAUUAAAUAGCGUUCAAACACCAAGGUCCAUGAGAGGAAAUGUUGUUUAUGCAAAGGCAACGUAUGAAAACUACACUUAA